UACUUCAUUACUUUCAUUUUCUUCCUCUCAAUUCUCUCAAAGAUAUUCAUCAUCUCUCUAUCCAAAAAAGAAAAAAAUGUCUCAUAGCAAUCGCCCGCCGAAUUGGAAGGAAUUCGAAGAUAAAAUUUUGUGGUAUGCAUGGAUCGAAAUUUCGGAGGACGGUGUUGUCGGCCAUUAUCAACCGGGGAUUGAAUUUUGGAGGCGCGUUGGGGUCUUAUUUGCCGAGAGAAGCACAGGCAUUUCACGUCCCGACGGCGGCCUCAGCAAUCGAUGGAAGAUCAUACAAAAGAAAUGUGGUGCGUGGAAUGCGGCAUCGAGAAAAGCAAGUGCGAUACCAAUGAGCGGCGAAAACCUCGCCGAUGUGGUUAAGCGAACGAAGAGUAUUUACGAGGCAGACACCGGAAAGGAUUUCAAUUUGCAUCAUUGUUGGGAGAUACUUCAACAUUGUCCAAAGUUCCUGGAGAUAUUUCAUUCCUCCGUGCCACCCAUUCCAGCAAUGGGUGGAUCUUCAUCGGGCAUGCCAUCCAGCGAGAGUGAUAGCCCCGACAUUCAAGCGCCUCCUUUUGUGAUCAACCGUCCCGAAGGCCGGGAUAAGCAAAAGAAGAAGAAUCGAGGAACUCCAUAUUCUUCCUCCGAGGCUUGGGACAAGAGUAUGGCCACUUUGGUGGAGUAUUGAGCACCAUAAAUGUUGGUGAUAGCCGAGCAGAAUUUCUUCAGACACACAAGCACGGUGCUUUUGACCAUUCGACAUGACUCAUCCAAAGAGCCGGCCGAGCAUCCAUAAGCAAGCAUCCGGAAUGCACUAGUCAGCUUCUGAUGUGGGGAGAAUGAGUCAUGACCCACAACAUCUGUACCUUGCUUGAAUUAGUCAUCAUACUGAACAACAUCGUUCAUGACUCGGUUGAAUAAGUCAGGGGGCAUUCGAUAUCGCCUUGUGAAGGCCUUAGCAUCGUAGGUUGGAUUUGGAUUGAAGUAGUCUUGCAUCAAGCGCCUGUGACCGUCUUCCUUGUUACGUCUCACCGUUUUUCGUGUUGAUGAACUGCCACGAGAUCCACUUGCUUGGUGUUGGUGAGGAUGGUUUGCGUACAUCAUGAACAUCUCCAUGCGAUCACAUUCAAGUUGACACUCGUACUCCCAUUGUCUAUCAUCAACUUUUCUUUGCCUCUCAUCAGCUUCUCUUUCCAUCUCAUAAGCUUCUCUAUCAGGGGAAUCCAUGAAGGCGAAAUAGUUUUGGGUGGCUAGAGAGGAGAAUGGAGGAUCAAUGAUUUUUUUGAAGAAAGAAUAUGGAAUGGU